UUUUGUGCGGGAGGCGGCGGGCGGCCCGGCAGCAGCGGUUCGUGAGGCGGGGGGGGCCGGUGCCGGACUCCGCCUGCGGAGUCUCCUGUCGGGCGGAAAAGGCCCGGGCUGCCUUGUUCUCCCGUGGGGUGGGUACCGCUUGCCGGACAGUAGGGUUGGGAGAGGGUGUGGUGCUGCCCGGGGUCCUUUGCAGGCCCCUCCCUAGCAGCGCGUCCGUCAGCCCGUUCACUCGAGUGAGCGCUCCCCUCACCUGAGAGGCUGCUGAGCUUGCAGACAGUGUAUGAAGCAUGUUUUUACCACGAUCUGUUAAAGUCAAGAGGACUGCUGAUGGGGACAAAAGUUGUACAGCUAAGAAAAAUAAACUGUCUUCUGAAGGAUCUUUGCUAGAGGAGACCACAGAAUUCCAGGACUGUAAGUCAGUUAGAACAGAAACUUCUGCUUCAACAGACAGUUCAAGUGAAAUUGUAAAAGAACAAACAGAACUGGCAGCUGCAGACCUUGGUGUUGCUCAUAUACCAUUGAGAAAGGACAGCCAAAAUACUGAGGAUGAUGGCUCUUUGGAAGAACCGAUAAAAUCCUUCAGCAAAUCCCAGCGCUGGGCAGAGCCUGGAGAACCUGUGUGUGUUGUGUGUGGCCGCUAUGGGGAGUAUAUCUGCGAUAAAACAGAUGAAGAUGUUUGUAGUUUGGAAUGUAAAGCCAAACACCUUCUACAAGCUCAAACAAAGGAAAAGCAGCUAACAUCUGAUCAACCCACAGAUUCUCAAGCAGAAGCUCACCUGCUUAAUAUACCUUACUUCUACAAAGAUCAUUCCUUUAUUUUAGGUUUGCAAGAUGAGCAGGUUGAGAACCUUAAACUCCAGCUAGGUAUUGCUGUCCAGGGCCAGCAAGUUCCAAGACCUAUUGUAGAGUUUGAACACUGUGGUUUUCCUGAAGCUUUAAACAAUAAUUUAAAGAACUCUGGCUAUGAAGUCCCAACUCCCAUCCAAAUGCAAAUGAUCCCUGUUGGACUAUUAGGGAGGGAUAUUCUGGCUAGUGCUGACACGGGCUCUGGAAAAACUGCAGCUUUCCUGCUUCCUGUUAUUAUGAAGGUUUUGAAAGAGAUAGAAACUCCAUCUGCCCUUAUUUUGGCACCAACGAGAGAGUUGGCAAUUCAGAUCGAGAGGCAAGCGAAGGAGCUGAUGGCUGGGUUACCCAACAUGAGGACAGUUCUGUUGGUGGGGGGUUUGCCUCUGCCCCCGCAGCUGCACCGGCUCAAGCAGAGUGUGAAGGUGAUAAUAGCAACACCUGGAAGACUUCUUGAGAUUUUAAAGCAAAGUUCUGUUCAACUGCAUGGCAUAAGAAUUGUAGUGGUGGAUGAAGUGGACACCAUGCUAAAAAUGGGUUUCCAGCAGCAAGUAUUGGAUAUUUUGGAAGACAUCUCUCAUGAUCAUCAAACCAUACUGGUGUCAGCCACGAUUCCAGUGGGCAUUGAGCACUUGGCAAAUGAGCUUCUGCACAGUUUUGUCAGAAUAACAAUUGGAGAGAAGAAUCUGCCAUGUUCUAAUGUUCGGCAAAUUAUCUUGUGGGUAGAAGAACCAUCUAAAAAGAAAAAACUGUUUGAAAUACUAAAUGAUAAGAAGCUCUUCAAGCCUCCAGUGUUGGUGUUUGUGGACUGUAAACUAGGAGCAGAUCUUCUGAGUGAUGCUGUUCAUAAGAUUACGGGAUUACAGUGUGCAGCUAUGCACUCUGAAAAGUCUCAGAUGGAAAGAACAGACAUAUUACAGGGAUUACUUCAAGAGAAGUAUGAAGUUAUAGUAAGUACUGGAGUCCUUGGACGAGGGCUUGACCUUGUCAAUGUCAAACUGGUGGUGAAUUUUGAUAUGCCUUCAAGUAUGGAUGAAUAUGUACACCAGGUGAUUACAGAGGAGACAGAGCCAGACUGUCCUUGAAGAUGCCCAGGGAAAGGACAAGAGCCAGCAGUUGUAACCUCCUGCAAGGGAAAUUGUGGCCUCAUAGCAGGGAGAAAGGAUUUACACAGCAAGAGGGGUCAGGCAGUGGAAGAGGCCAGAGGGAUGAUGGGAUUUUUGUGCUUCAAACUCUUGAAACAAGGCCUUGAGGGAACUGAUCUGACUUUGAAGUAAACCUUGUUCUGAUCAGAUGAGGAGCACCUCUGGAAGUUAUCCACUGUAAUGGACUCCUCAAGUACCCUGUGUUAUUAACUGCAGCAUUCCCCUCUGUUUUUAAUUAUCUUUCUGCUAAAAUUUCAAGCAUGUUUUAAGUAGAUAAAAAUGGUCUUCCCUAGCAUCAAAAUGAUACCAAUAUUAACAUGUUAGGUGUUCCUAAAUAGAGAGUCUUUGUAGAUUCUUUUCUAAUUUGUUCAAGCAGCUUAGAUAAUACUGGUAAAUAAUUUAAAUUUACUAGAACACUGAAAGUAAAGGGCAUUUCUAUGGCCAUGCUGGCACAUAUUGUGCUUGAUAUGAAGUAUAAGCAUUUGGCAUCUCUACAGUAUUUUUUGAGCCCUUUUGUUUGGAUCAGAUUUACUGUAAGCCUUUGCCCAUACUCUGUACCUCAUACCUCAGUAUCAAUAUUGGAUUUCUGGUAUGUCACAUAAACAAGUCAUAACUUUAACUGCAUUUCAGUUACAGCUUCAGAUCUACAUAUCCUGAAUUCAGGAAGUUUAUUGUAAGUACCUUUGUGCUUAGAGGAUGGGAGAGAUUUGGCCCUGUCACUUAGGUUUAUUUGCUGUUUCAUAACAAAAAAAUAAACUGCUAAGACUAUUUGAAGGACUUCCAUUUAAUAUUGUUAACUU